AUGGAGAGUUUUAAAAACGCGCAUCACUGGAGAAGGAGGUAUGUCGCGGUUUUCCUCCUCUUCUCCUUUCUCAGCUCAGCAUCUGCCAUUACACAUUAUUCUAUUCCCGAGGAAAUGGAGGUGGGUUCGGUUGUUGCUAAUUUAGCUGCAGAUUUGAACCUCGAUGUGAGAACACUGAGCACACGGAAAAUGCGUCUGGAUAAUUUUGUAAACAAAAAGUACCUCGAGAUAAACAAAGACACAGGGGAGAUUUUCAUUUUGGAGAGAAUUGACAGGGAAUACCUUUGUAGUACGAAAUCAGCUACAUGUCUUCUGAAACUAGAUGCAACCAUUGAAAAUCCAAUUCGUAUAUUUAACAUUGAAGUGGAGAUAUUGGACAUCAACGACAAUGCACCAAGUUUUCGAAGAGACACUAUUCAUCUUGACAUCUCAGAAUCCACCCCAGUGAGUGAGCGAUUCUCUUUGAACAAUGCGGUGGACCCUGACAUCGGAACGAAUUCAAUCAAAACAUAUUAUCUUAGUGAAAGUGAUCAUUUUAACAUUGAAAUACAAACGGGACGAGAUGGAUCAAAAUUUGCCGAUUUGAUUUUGAAAAAGGCUUUGGACAGAGAAAAGCAAAAUGUUCAUCAUUUAAUACUCACUGCUGUGGAUGGUGGGAUACCUGCACGAUCUGGUACAGCCAGCAUUGUUGUCAGGGUGUUAGAUACAAAUGACAACGCCCCUCAGUUUGACAAGGAAAGCUAUAACAUCAAUCUGUCCGAAAACUCACCUAUCGGAAGUCUAGUUGUAAAGUUAAAUGCAACCGAUUUAGAUGAAGGAACAAACGCAGAAAUAACUUACCUUUUCAGUCUAUAUACUUCAGAGAAAACACAACAAACUUUCAGUUUAAAUCCCGACAAUGGCGAGAUCAGAGUAAAGGACAUGGUUAAUUACGAAGAUUUUAAAAUAUAUGACAUGGAGGUAAUAGCAAAGGACAAAGGCGUAAAUUCUUUAUCAGGGCAAUGCAAAUUAACUAUACUAAUAACCGAUAUGAACGACAACCAUCCAGAAAUUUCAGUUAAAUCAUUUCAAAGUACAGUUAAGGAAAAUGUCGAGGUCGACACUGUGAUUGCGGUCGUAAGUGUCAGUGAUAAGGAUUCUGGCGAAAACGGUGUUGUUGACAUUAAAGUCAACGAUAAUUUACCUUUUGCACUAAGGGAGACCUCAGAUAAUUACUAUGAAUUAAUUGUAUCUAAACAACUGGAUAGAGAAAAGGUUCCAGAGUAUGAUAUUACAUUUACAGUCACGGACAGGGGUGUACCUCCGCUGUCAGAUAAUGAGACGAUUACUUUAGAACUUCUGGAUGUUAAUGAUAAUGUUCCUCGAUUUAACAAAACAUUUUACACAAUUCCAGUCUCUGAAAAUAACGCACCAGGUGCGUUGCUAGCCUCAAUUACAGCGUUAGAUCCAGACUUACAUGAAAACCAGUAUUUGGUCUAUUUCAUAAUAGAGAAGGAGAUAGCCAACACCUCCAUAUCGAUGCUAUUUUCUAUUAACCCAGAGAAUGGCAACCUUUACGCACUGAAGACGUUUGAUUAUGAAAUAGAGAAAGAGUUUCUUUUCCACAUCGAGGCCCGUGAUUCAGGCGUUCCUCCUCUCAGUAGUAACGUCACGGUUCAUAUCAUCAUCAUGGACCAAAAUGAUAACACUCCAGUGAUCGUGUCUCCAUGGCGCGCGCAUGGCACCGUGGUCGAGGAAAAGAUCCCCAGGAACACUGAUAAAGGAUCUCUAGUUGCCAAAGUGAUCGCUAUUGACACGGACUCUGUUCACAACUCCCGCAUAACCUACCAGUUUCUUCAGAACACUGAUGCUACAUUAUUCAGCUUAGAUCAAUACAAUGGAGAAAUACGUACCAUGAGAAUGUUCAGCUACAGAGACGCGCGUCACCAGCGCCUAGUGGUGAUCGCCAAGGACAACGGAGAGCCUGCGCUCUCUGCCACCGUGACCAUCAAGCUCUCCACGAUAGAGACCGCUCUGAAAUCCUACGCUGACCUGACUGAAGUGCCUUUGGAAUAUGACAUCUUUUCGGACUUGAAUCUUUAUCUGGUGAUUGGACUGGGCUCAGUGUCAUUUCUGUUACUGAUCACCAUACUGGUCACCAUCGUAAUAAAGUGCCAAAAACCCAAACACAGCAAAGCAGCUCCUCCCAGUAGGAACAGUGUGGCCAGUGACAGGAACUCAGCUUUCGCAGAUUCAACACUCGUCUCCAAUGACGCAUACUGGUACAGCAUGUUCCUAGCGGAGACGCGUAAAGGGAAGCUGGUUGUCAGACAGCCGGCGCCAAAAGGGUCGCGGUACAUCGUGUCCAGUCUACCAAGGAGUACUGGAUUAACGGAGACCAGUGGCUCGGCUACCUCCACUUUGCAGUCAUUCUACACGAUAACUGUAACGGAAAACAAUGCUCCCGGAGCCUUGCUGAGUUCUCUCACGGCUGUGGACCCAGACCUCCAUGAAAACCAGUACUUGGUUUACUUCAUAAUAGAAAAGGAGAUUGUAAACACCUCCAUGUCCAUGCUGUUCUCCAUCAAUCCAGAGAAUGGCAACCUUUACGCACUAAAAACGUUUGACUAUGAGAUAGAGAAGGAGUUUCUUUUCCACAUUGAAGCCAGGGAUUCGGGCAUCCCCCCACUGAGCAGCAAUGCCACCGUUCAUAUUAUCAUAAUGGACCAAAAUGACAACACUCCCGUUAUUGUCUCUCCGUGGCGCGCGCACGGUUCCGUGGUCGAGGAAAAGAUCCCCAGAUCUACAGAUAAAGGGUCUCUGGUGGCUAAAGUGAUCGCCAUUGACACGGACUCGGUACACAAUUCUCGGAUAACAUAUCAGUUCCUACAGAACACCGAUGCGACACUGUUUAGUCUGGACCAAUAUAAUGGAGAGAUCCGGACCAUGAGGAUGUUCAGUUACAGAGACGCGCGCCACCAGCGCUUGGUGGUGAUUGCCAAAGACAACGGAGAGCCUGCUCUUUCUGCUACGGUCACGAUCAAACUGUCCACCGUGGAAACAGCUCUGAAAUCCUACGCUGACUUGACUGAGGUGCCUUUGGAAUAUGACAUCUUUUCGGACUUGAAUCUUUAUCUGGUGAUUGGACUGGGCUCAGUGUCAUUUCUGUUGCUCAUCACCAUACUGGUCACCAUCGUAAUAAAGUGUCAGAAACCCAAACACAGCAAAGCUGCUCCUCCCAGUAGGAACAGUGUGGCCAGUGACAGGAACUCAGCCUUCGCAGAUUCCACACUGGUCUCCAAUGACGCAUACUGGUACAGCAUGUUCCUAGCGGAGACGCGUAAAGGGAAGCUGGUUGUCAGACAGCCGGCGCCAAAAGGGUCGAGGUACAUCGUGUCCAGUCUACCCAGGAGUACUGGAUUAACGGAGACCAGUGGCUCGGCUACCUCCACUUUACAGGUAAGAUAA